AGACAAUCUACCAAUUCUUCUUCUCACUAGUGUGCAGAUAGGCGUCCGCCGUUCAUCUGUAAGGGAGACUAAAGUAGUCAACGAAGUGGCCGUUUCUAAAUACAAAUCCUUCCGCCGGAGGAUACCGCUAUAAUGGGUGUUUUUCACGGAAAUGGACUUUAUAGCAGUUUCCUUGCGCACAGAUUCUGAUAGAAACAACACAUUUUGACGCCUGCUAGCUAGCGUUAGUUCUCGCCACUGUCCGGUGGUUUUGGUUUUGUCUUUUGCAAGAGUCUCCAAGCGAGGGAUAUAAACAAGGGAUCUUACAGGGAGACGGACUUGAACUGCAAACAUGUCUGGGGCGUCUGUGAAAGUCGCUGUUCGAGUUCGACCCUUCAACUCGAGGGAGAUAAGCAAGGAGUCAAAAUGUAUCAUUCAGAUGCAAGGCAACACUACAACUAUCCUCAACCCCAAAGCCCCAAAGGAACCAGCAAAGACCUUCAGUUUUGACUACUCCUACUGGUCUCAUACCUCUCCCGAUGACCCCUGCUUUGCUUCACAGAACCUUGUGUACAAUGACAUUGGAAAGGAAAUGCUGCAGCAUGCUUUUGAGGGUUAUAACGUCUGCAUCUUCGCUUAUGGCCAGACAGGAGCUGGCAAAUCCUACACCAUGAUGGGCAAGCAGGAGGAGGGGCAGGAAGGAAUCAUUCCCAUGCUGUGUGAAGAUCUGUUUGAGAAGAUCAAUGAGGACGGCAACAAAGAGGAGCUCUCCUACUCAGUAGAGGUCAGUUACAUGGAGAUCUACUGCGAGCGCGUCCGAGAUUUGCUCAACCCCAAGAACAAAGGGAACCUACGAGUCCGAGAACACCCGCUGUUGGGUCCCUAUGUAGAGGAUCUGUCCAAGCUAGCUGUCACCUCCUACACAGACAUCGCUGACCUGAUGGAUGCAGGCAACAAGGCCAGAACUGUGGCUGCCACCAACAUGAAUGAGACAAGCAGCAGGUCCCAUGCUGUUUUCACCAUUGUCUUCACUCAGAGGAAACACGACAGCGAGACGGACCUCUCCACAGAAAAGGUCAGUAAAAUUAGUCUGGUAGACUUGGCAGGCAGUGAGCGAGCAGAUUCAACUGGAGCUAAAGGUACCAGGCUAAAGGAGGGAGCAAACAUCAACAAGUCUCUCACCACGUUAGGAAAGGUUAUCUCUGCCUUGGCUGAAGUGGAUAAUUGUACCAGCAAGAGCAAGAAGAAGAAGAAGACUGAUUUCAUCCCAUACAGGGACUCUGUUCUGACAUGGCUGCUGAGGGAGAACCUCGGUGGGAACUCCAGAACAGCCAUGGUAGCUGCCCUCAGUCCUGCAGACAUAAACUACGAUGAAACCCUCAGCACUCUGCGCUAUGCUGACCGCGCCAAGAACAUCAAAUGCAAUGCUGUCAUCAAUGAGGAUCCCAACAAUAAGCUGGUGCGCGAGCUGAAGGAUGAAGUGGCCCGGCUGAAGGAACUGCUCCGUGCCCAGGGCCUGGGAGACAUUCUGGACAUUGAUCCUAUGGGGGAUGAUUGCCCAGGAAGUGGAAUCAAAUCAGGUGACGGUGCCCAAAGCUUUAAAAUGCCCCUUCUGAGUUCUCAAACUGAGGCUCAGAGCUACAGACGGAAAGACCUCAAAGACAUUCAGAACAAUAAGAAUAGAUACUUGAUAGCCUCAGAGAACCAACGCCCUGGCCAUUUCUCCACAGCCCCUAUUGGUUCCCUGACAGCCUCGCCGUCCUCUGGCUCGCUGUGCAGCCAGGGGGGCCUUCAGUCAGUCACCAGCAUCCAAGAGCGCAUCAUGUCCACGCCUGGAGGGGAGGAAGCCAUUGAAAGACUCAAGGAAUCAGAAAAGAUCAUUGCUGAGCUCAAUGAAACCUGGGAGGAGAAACUGCGAAAGACUGAGGCAAUCCGCAUGGAGAGGGAGGCUUUGCUUGCAGAGAUGGGCGUGGCAAUCCGUGAAGAUGGAGGCACUUUGGGUGUAUUCUCUCCUAAAAAGCUUAGCGAUGAAGGGCCAUUUGACGAGCCUUUUGAUUGUUUUGCCACCAAAAAGCCUUGCGAUCUCUAUGCAGACUUUAACGGGGUAUUCUCACCUAAAAAGACCCCACACCUGGUUAACCUGAAUGAGGAUCCUCUCAUGUCUGAGUGUCUGCUCUACUACAUCAAAGACGGAAUUACAAGAGUGGGUCAGGCCGACGCAGAGAGAAGACAGGACAUUGUUUUAAGUGGUGCUCAUAUCAAGGAAGAACACUGCUACUUCCGCAGCGAAAGGAAUGCCAAUGGAGAUGUUAUUGUCAUGCUGGUGCCCUGCGAGGGAUCGGAGACCUACGUCAACGGCAAGCGUGUUGAGGACUCGAUCCAGCUUCGUUCAGGCAAUCGCAUCAUUAUGGGAAAGAACCACGUGUUCCGGUUCAACCACCCAGAGCAGGCCAGAGCUGAAAGGGAGAAGACGCCAUCGGCCGAAACCCCCGUGGAGCCCGUUGAUUGGACAUUUGCUCAGAGAGAACUCCUGGAGAAACAGGGCAUUGACAUGAAGCAGGAAAUGGAGAAAAGACUCACUGAGAUGGAAAUCUUGUACAAAAAAGAGAAGGAAGAAGCCGAUCAGCUUUUGGAGCAGCAGCGACUGGUUUACGAGAGCAAAUUGCAGGAACUUCAGAAACAGGUGGAGACUCGCUCACUGGUAGCUGAGACACCCGAUGAAGAAGAGUUGGAGGAGGAGGAGGAAGAGGAAGUGCCGUGGACUCAGCAUGAGUUUGAGCUGGCUCAGUGGGCCUUCAGGAAGUGGAGGUACCAUCAGUUCACCUCCCUUCGAGAUCAGCUGUGGGGAAAUGCCGUCUACCUAAAAGAGGCUAAUGCCAUCAGUGUGGAACUGAAGAAGAAAGUCCAGUUCCAGUUUGUCUUGCUGACAGACACACCAUACUCGCCACUGCCCCCUGAGCUCCUUCCCCCAGAGCCAGAGAAAGAUCGUGACCCGAGGCCUUUCCCUCGCACCGUGGUCGCUGUAGAGGUUCAAGACCUGAAGAAUGGAGCCACGCACUACUGGUCCCUUGAAAAACUCAAGCAGAGGCUGGACCAGAUGAGAGCGAUGUACGACCGCGCUGGAGAAAUGGCCUCCACGCACCAGGAGGAUUGCGAGGGCACUCUGACAGGAAACGACCCCUUCUAUGACCGUUUCCACUGGUUCAAACUUGUGGGGAGCUCCCCCAUCUUCCACGGUUGCGUCAAUGAGCACCUGGCUGACCGCACACCCUCUCCUACUUUCUCCACCACCGACUCGGAGAUCACGGAGAUGGCGGACGAGCGCCAGAGCGAGAUGUCUGACUUGAUCGACGACGAGGCGUUCGUGGACGACACAAGCUCAGACGCCGGCACCGAGGAGGGCUCGGACAUCUUCAGCGACGGCCAGGACCCCUUCUACGACCGCUCCCCCUGGUUCAUCCUGGUGGGAAGAGCUUUUGUGUACCUGAGCAACCUGCUGUACCCUGUACCUCUGGUUCACCGUGUUGCCGUAGUAACAGAGAAGGGCGAGGUGCGUGGCUUCCUGCGUGUGGGGGUCCAGGCUAUAGCUGCUGACGAGGAAGCUCCAGACUACGGGUCAGGAGUGAGGCAGUCAGGAACCGCCAAGAUUUCCUUUGAUGAUGAAUACUUCAAAAAGAACGACUUCCCCUCCAAGGUCAUAACCCGCUCCGGGUUGUCCCUGGAAGAGCUGCGCAUCGUAGAGGGUCAGGGUCAGAGUUCAGAGGUCAUCACACCCUCAGAGGAGCUCAACAGAAUCAAUGACAUGGACCUCAAGCUGGGUAACAUUGGAGAAACCAAACUAAGUCAUGGUGAUGAUCUGGCAAGCCACUUGGAGGUGGGCAGCGUCUUUACCUUCCGUGUCACUGUGCUCCAGGCCAGCGGCAUCCCGCCUGAGUAUGCUGACAUCUUCUGCCAAUUCAAUUUCUUGCACCGUCACGAUGAGGCUUUUUCCACCGAGCCUCUGAAAAACACUGGCAAAGGAGCUCCUCUGGGCUUUUACCACGUCCAGAAUAUUUCUGUCGAAGUUACAGAGUCUUUUAUUGAGUACAUCAAGAGCAAGCCCGUUGUGUUUGAAGUGUUCGGCCACUACCAGCAGCACCCGCUGCACCUCCAUGGCCAGGACGUGAUCAGUCCUCCAACACCAUCCAGGAAAUACUAUCCUAUUCCCAUGCCUCUGUCCAAACCAGACCAUACCCGUAAGAUAGAGUUGAUCCGCUACCUCGUGAGCGGCUAUGUGAACGGCAAAGUGCUGGACACGCUGUCCGAGCACGCCAACUCCCUGGCGUCCUCUGCUCUGGCCAGUCUGGAGGAUGAGGCUGACCAGCUCUCUCACUUCCCCUUCCUCCCAGUGGCCAGUGACCCUGUGCUAACUGUCCCCAAGCAUCAUGUUCCAGCCACCAAGUUGAACACCAUCACCAAAUCCAACCUGGGUCAGUGUGUCAGCAAGUACGACCUGCUGGUCUGGUUUGAGAUCAGCGAGCUGGAGCCCACUGGAGAGUACAUCCCAGCCAUCGUGGAUCACAGUGGAGGCCUGCCAUGCCAUGGUACCUACCUGCUGCACCAGGGGAUCCAGCGGAGGAUCACAGUGACCCUCAUCCACGAGAAGGGCAGCGAGCUUCAUUGGAAAGAUGUUCGUGAGCUGGUUGUAGGUCGUAUCAGGAACAAGGCUGAAGUGGAUGAUAGCGCAGCCGAUGCUGUCCUGUCCCUUAACAUCAUUUCUGCUAAGAACAUCAAGUCAUCCCACAACAACAACAGGCUUUCUAUUGAUAAGGAUAUUGAUAGGACUUUCUAUCGCUUUGAGGCAGUGUGGGACAGCUCCCUGCACAACUCCCUCCUGCUCAACCGCGUCACUCCCUAUGGAGAGAAGAUCUACAUGACCUUAUCUGCGUAUCUGGAGCUGGACCAUUGCAUCCAGCCUGCCAUUAUCACCAAAGACAUCUGCAUGGUCUUUUACUCCCGAGACGCCAAAAUUUCCCCACCCCGUUCCCUCAAGAACCUCUUUGGGACUGGAUACUCCAAAACUCCUGACUGCAACCGAGUGACUGGGAUCUACGAGCUGAGCUUGUGUAAGAUGUCUGACACUGGAAGCCCAGGGAUGCAGAGGAGGAGGAGGAAGGUCCUGGACACAUCAGUGGCUUACGUGCGUGGAGAGGAGAACCUGGCCGGCUGGAGGCCCAGAGGAGACAGCCUCAUCCUAGAGCACCAGUGGGAGCUAGAGAAGAUGGAGCAGCUGCAGGAGGUGGAAAAGACCCGUCACCUUCUGGCGCUGAGAGAGAAGCUGGGAGAGGCAGCUCCCGUGGGAACAGCUCCCACCACCAAGUCCCUGAGCGAGUCUCUGUCCCCCAGCAUGAGCUCCGGCACUCUGUCCACGUCCACCUCCAUCUCCUCGCAGAUCUCCAGCACCACCUUUGAAAGCGCCAUCACGCCGAGCGAGAGCAGCGGCUACGAUUCCGCCGACAUCGAGAGCCUGGUGGAUCGUGAGAAGGAGCUGGCCACCAAGUGCCUGCGCCUUCUGACACACACCUUCAAUAGUGAAUACAACCAGCUGGUGAACAGCAUCAGUGACUGCAAGCUUUCUGACAUCUCACCGAUCGGACGUGAUCCAUCCGUGACGAGCUUCAGCAGUGCCACUCUCACCCCUUCCUCUACCUGCCCCUCUCUGUCGGACUCCCGCUGUGGCUCCAUGGACCAGAAGACCCCUGAGAACAGCUCACGUGCCUCCAGUCCCUCCUGCUCAGACUAUGAAAACUUCCCGAUGGUUCCCACUCUGGAGACCUCCUACCUUGCGCGGGCUGCAAAGAACGAGUUCCUCAACUUGGUGCCUGAUAUUGAAGAAAUGCGACCAGGAUCUGUUGUGUCUAAGAAGGGUUUUCUAAGCUUCAUGGAGCCUCGCUCUAACUCAUGGGUGAAGCAUUUUGUGGUUGUUCGCCGGCCCUACGUCUUCAUCUACAACAGCGACAAGGACCCCGUGGAGCGAGGCGUCCUCAACCUCUCCACAGCACAGGUGGAAUACAGCGAAGACCAGCAGGCCAUGCUUAAGACGCCCAACACAUUUGCAGUGUGCACAAAACAUCGAGGCAUCCUCCUGCAGGCCAACAACGAGAAAGACAUGAACGACUGGCUGUAUGCUUUUAAUCCUCUGCUAGCAGGAACGAUAAGAUCUAAGCUGGCGAGGCGGCGCAGCGGCCUGACGAAGAACUGAGUGGGCGGAGCGGGAAAACCACCGCUUCCAUCCUUUCUGAAAAGCCUUUGAAAAUACCGAAAAUACCAAGUGUUAAAACUUAUUAAUCAUUGUGAUUCUUGACGGUUUUCUCUUGUAAGUAGACUUGUGGCUUAAGUCUCUUUUCAUGCAACUAAAACGUUUAAGUUCCACAGAACUUUUGCCUCCCCGCUUCCCUCCAGCAACCCCGCUGCCAACUUAGCUUUCCUUCUCUCUAUUCCCUCCCCUCAGCUUUUUGUGUUUUCGUUUCGAUGACAAUGUUUGGGUCUAAUUUUGUUCCGCUUCGUUGUCAUUCCCAAACUCCCCUAACUAAGUAGCAUGUUGUAGUAGUCUACUUGUGUGUGCACGACUCUUUAGAAACUUUCCGUUUGCCAAUCAUCUGUACAAAAAAAUGUCUCUAUCAGUGUUAUUUGUCUCCUGAAAUGAGUUUCAUUCUAUUUUGGGGGUUUUUUGUUGUUGGUUUUUUAUUAAAUUAACAUGCUUGCAUGAUACCUGCAGCAGUCCUCAGGAGAAGACCAGGUUUGCUCAGUUUAAAACAAAAAACAAAAAUUAACCAAAUCAGCCAGCUUACAUUUGAAACCAUGAAGGAAAAAUCUACAGAUCUCUCCAAGUGACGUGUUAGUUUAUGCUCUGCUACCUAAACUAUAGCUGCUAAUAGAUUUAUAGGGUAUUUUUCUUCUCGCAGUGAGAUUUGCAUCAGGCUGAACCGUCUCUGAAACAAAAACUCAAAGUGGGAAUGAAAUUUGACAGGAGGGCCACGCCGGAUUUCCACUGUCAUCCACGUCAUACUUAGAUCCUCCUCAAUCUGUGUACAUACGCCGCCUCUAAACCCCCGAUAGUGCCAGUGUCAGUUAGUGAGUCAGUAAAAUACUCAUGCAUUUGUGUUAACAUAAAAACUGCAGACUAUCUAGAGACAAACAAGCGAGGAUCGCGUCAUAUCUCAGCAGUUUCAAAAAAAAAACAAUGACCGAUUGUUCCUGCAGGAGUAGAUUCGGGCCCCUUUUUGCUUUUUCAUCCCAAGGAAUAAAAACAGGGUUACAAGGAGAUGAGGAGGAGGAUUAGGAGGAUGAAAACGAACUAGAGGGAGAACUUGAUUUGUACAUGCGGUCUGUUCUGGGAUCAGUGUGGUAGUUAACCCUCAUUUAACACAUUCCUCUCUGCUCCUCUAGCUUGCUCUAACUCACUAAGAAUCAGAAAGCCUUGACAUUUACUGCUAUUAACUUUACACUCUUGUUAUAAAGACGCAAAGAAAACAAGGGUGGAAAGGUUUAGGAGGACGUAAGGAAAACGAAUGAAGGUGCAAUGUUUCUUUUGCUUUUUGCUUUGACGCCAGUGGUUAGCCAGCAAAGCUGCUUUUAAAUGGCCCACAGGACAGAUUACGAUGUAGUCCCAUGACUCCCCUCGCUGUCACACCAGUAUCGGCUGAAAUCUCUGAAGUGAAGUACUCGUGUUCAGCAGCACCACAGGGAACCGUGUGUUCAUUUUUCUAUUCUUAUUCUUGAAUCAAAACCUCAUCUAACUCUCAUUGUGUUCAUUUUUUUUUAUUUUAACAUUGUUAUUUUUUUUCUUAUGGUUUUAAUCAUUCCACAAUGAAGGUUUCUAUGAAAUGUAACAGAGGGCAUUUAUUUCUUAAUUUUUUUUAACCUUAUUUUGCACAUUAACACAUAUCUAUAGCAAGGACAGAGACACAGCCACAUAUGUUGAGUCCAGGAUUGUAUUUGAGCAUCAGGAACAAAUGAUAAGAGCACAUAUCAGGAGUACACUGGAUAGCUGUUUCUCAAAGGGUUUAAUAGAAGGAAAGAAGUUAAAGGGACUACAUAUUCAAAGGUCUUAUUUCUGAUACUACCCCAUGAAAAUAUUUGCUCUGUGUGCCGUGCUGCAGCUGCUACAUUCGGCUCCGGAUUCACUUUUUGGCGCCUACGCCUCUCGAGAUGUGUUAAUGCAGACAGGCAUUAAAAAACUCUGGUCAACCAGCCAGCAGUCUGCCUGCUGUGUCGUAUGAAAUGCGUGGAAGGAGAGGUACCAACUGUCUGUUACAUAUAGAUAAAAAAAUAAAGCUCUGACAUGACCUCGGGUCAGCCAGCCUGACGGUCAGAGAAACAGAAACGUGCUGGAUUGUGGAUCUCUGAGCUGCACAUCAAAGAUGCACCUAUGCACAGAUCAAAUCUCAAAAGUGCAAUGUACCUCAUAUACAUGUUGAUGCGAAGCGCUGCCAGAGCAAACGUUUUCACUUCAUUUGCAGAGGUGUUUUUAUUUUGGAUUGUGUAUUUAUUGUUUGCAAUGUAUAUAUAUUAGUUUGCAGCUCUUUGCACAUAUUAAUAAAAGGUUCAACUAACUGAUCAAAUAAAGUCUGUGCGGUUUAGUUGUUCCACUCAUAUUAAACCAAAUGAUAGUGUGGCAGCCUGUUCUAGUGUGAACUGGGAGAGGGUUUGAAUGUAAGAGAGAGGGGGGAAAAAAGGAAAAGGAGACCUAAAAUGUAACCCCCUGCACCUCAACUGAGGAGAUGAGUUACAUCAGUGCUUCCUCUUUAUUAGAAAGCGGUUUGAGUGAAUUAGAAGUCUGUUGGGUUUUUUGGGUUGUUUUUUUUUGAGGAUAUCUACUCAUUAGUCAUACUAGGCAUCCAUCUGAACUCUAUCAAAAUAAAGGUGUAUUUUAACUUUUUAUUUUUUCUAAUAUCAGGGAUAUAGGACUAUACAAAGUAGCUUGUGACAUCUAAAACGACAGCACACUUAUUGUGUCUUUCUUCACCUCAUCACUUUUUUCUGUGUGUGUGUGUGUUUGUUUUUCCGUUGAUGCCUUUCAAACAAAACUAGCCAUGAUAUUUUCCACCUUCCCCCUCUGACAAUUAAUAUCAGUUAACCUCGCUCCCUUUCAGAUUUGUUCACCAAAAGGAAAAAAAAAAAAUGUCAUUAACGCUGUACAUUAUUUGUCAGACCGGUUUCAUUUUCAUACUUACUUUGUAAAUAUCUAUGUUGUAUGGAGCUUGAACUAAAAUGUAAAUAUGUUUACUGUAUUUGUAAUAAUUAUAAUCCAUUCGCUGUAUAGCAUAGAUGUGUCAUGCAGAUAUCCUAAUUCUGUGUAUGGUAAUCUUGCACCAUUGAACUGUUUAGUGAAUGAGGCAACAAUAAAGUGCAAAGCGUGCAUUAGCA